AUGUUCAAGACGGCGCUCUACCCAAGCGUGGACCCUGCGUCCACAACCAUGCAUGAUACCUGGUGGCUCGCCCGGCAUGGCGCGGCGCCCGCCCCCUCAGCUCCGUCCGUGGCCACGGAAAAACCCAAGAAGAACGCUUUCAGCCUGGCUAAAAUCAUGUCCCUGGGCGGCAAGAAGGGUCAUCACGGCUCCGAGGCGCACUACAACAACAACAACAACACGCCCUUCGCCAUUCACUGUCACAUUGGCAAGGAAAUCAAGCACAUUUGCAGCAACUGCAGCCGCGGGAACGACACGCAGGACGCUGAAGAGGUCGAGAGGCUGGCCGUGAUGCGAUCUGAGUCCUUGGUCUCUGGCGCCCACACUCCCCCCAUCCGAUGUCGGAGCAGGCUUGCCACGCUUGGACGCCUCCUCAAGCCUUGGAAAUGGCGAAAGAAGAAGAGUGACAAGUUCAAACAGACAUCAGCCGCGUUGGAAAGGAAGAUGUCUGUGCGACAGAGUCGAGAUGAACUGAUCAAGAGGGGAGUGUUAAAGGAAAUCUUUGAGAAAGCAACGGGUGAGUUUCGAUCCACGAUGGAUGGCGGCGUCUGCACUCAAGAGCCACCCGUUAAGUCAUCCUUGCUCCUCGCCCCCAAGAAAUCUGCCACAUAUCCAGGCGAUCUUCAGGACAACUCUGCCAAACCGCCACUGUACCACAAGCAGCCGCCAGCUCUCCCUCCCAAACCUUUUUCCCGCAUCCCAAACCAUAGCACAGACUCUUGCCAGCCAGUGAAAUUGCCCUGCAUGCCUGGGGCUAAACACUCCCCGCCACUCCCGCCGAAGAAAGUGAUGAUUUGCGUGCCUCCUGGGGGACUGGACGGCACCACGUCCCCGUCCCCCAACUCCCUCAGCGCUCUAUCCCAAAAGUGUGGGGCUACCCAAGUGAUGCCGGGCCACCACGGGGCCCUACUGCCCUCCCAGCUCGCCGCUCUGUCCACUCUCCACCAGAACCACGGGCAUCCUUUGCAACUCCAGUACGGCAGCUUGCACGCGCCUAGCCGCAUCAUCGAGGAGCUCAACAAAACCCUGGCGUUGUCCAUGCAGAGGUUUGAGAGCUCUUUGUUGCACGUAGGCAAUCAGUGCGCUCCUCUGGACAGAAGAGAAGUACCGUCAGUUAUCAUCGACUACGAGGAUGACAAGGAAAACAUGCCCAACGAGUCAGACUACGAGGAUCUGCCUAGCAUGUACAAGGACGAGGACGACGUCGACAACGAUGACGAUGAAGAAGAUGACGACUCCAUAUUUACCAGCACGCUUGCUCAGAAGGUGCUCCGCAAAGACUCGCUGGCCAUCAAACUGAGCAACCGUCCAUCUAAGAGGGAGCUGGAGGAGAAAAAUAUCCUGCCAGUGCAGACAGAUGAGGAAAGGCUGGAGUCGAGGCAGCAGAUUGGCACAAAACUCACCAGGCGCUUGAGUCAAAGGCCGACAGCGGAAGAGCUGGAGCAGAGGAACAUCCUCAAACCUCGCAAUGAGCAAGAAGAAAUCGAAGAGAAGCGGGAGAUAAAGCGAAGGCUGUCUCGAAAGCUGAGCCAGAGGCCAACAGUGGAAGAGCUGAGACAGGCCAAAAUUCUCAUCCGUUUCAGUGACUACGUGGAGGUCUCCGACGCGCAGGACUACGACCGGCGGGCGGAUAAGCCCUGGACCCGUCUCACCGCAGCUGACAAGGCAGCUAUACGAAAAGAGCUCAACGACUUUAAAAGCAACGAGAUGGAAGUGCACGAGUCCAGUCGUCAUUUAACCAGGUAA